GUUCAAAUCUGCAGCACAGGUCUUUGUCCUGUGUUUUUUCCCGGAUAGAAAAAAUACAUAUUUGUUUCUUGCCGUCGGCUGUUUCUAAUAACUGUCCAAAAAUAACAUACGUGUUCAGCCAAUACACUAGGACUAUAGCAUCCACUUGUAAACGUGUGUGUUUUGAACUGUGUAGAAUUGUUCAUCCAUCAUUCAUGGAGCCGGUCCUCCCUUCCGCCGUGACUCGCCUAGCCUCGCGGUUACGCCCCCCGGUCACAGAGAUAAAUGGUCAGUUUCGUAAGGGCGCAUGCUUACAGUUAACUCCACAUCCUCCGGUCCGUUAAUUACGGUUCAUGAACAGCCUGGGUCUCGAGGAGUAGGAAGACACACCGGGGAGCUCGCUCACCUCAGUCUCUAAUCCGUCCUCGGCGGUCCGUCCCGUGUCACACAUGUUCUGCUGAGGACGCGCUCCCCAACCGAAAAAAAACGACCAUGUCCACCGGGUCGCUUAGCGACGUUGACGACGAGCUCCUGGACGGGAUCCUGAAGUUCGGCUCUUCCGGUAAAGACUCCGGUACGUCGAACGAGAGCACCGGGGAGAGUUCGAACUGCGAAGGCGGCUCGGCCAACGACAAAACAGCCCGGGGAAAGAAACGGAAAACAGGGUCCGGUAGGAAAACCGCGCUGAACGGCGUGGCGCACGAUGGGGGCGGCAAGCAGCCGCAGAGGAACGCGGCCAACGCACGGGAGAGGGCAAGGAUGCGCGUGCUAUCCAAAGCGUUUUCCCGUUUGAAGACGACUUUACCGUGGGUCCCGCCGGACACCAAGCUCUCCAAACUGGACACACUUCGCCUCGCCUCGAGCUACAUAGCUCAUCUACGGCAGAUCCUCGCCAACGACAAAUACGAGAACGGAUUUAUCCACCCGGUUAACCUGACGUGGCCCUUCAUGGUCGCCGGGAAACCGGAGAAUGAUUUGAAAGAGAUGCUCAACACCACCCGGUUGUGUGGAACAACCGCCUCGUGAUGUAACGGAUGGACAUGACAUGAACAUUAACCGUCAAAAAAAGGGAUGGACAUGAUACAUUUUUUGGGGGAAUUUUUUCAGAUGGACAGAAAUGCACGUCAUCUCUCCUAAACCAAAUAAUGAGUGGGAAUACCGGGAGAGCGAGCGCUCUCUCACGCGUUCCGAUACAGAGAAGCUGAUUUUAUAUUUAAAGUGUUGACAUGUUGCCUUUGCUGGUUCGAGGACAUAUUGUGUUUUGUAUACGUUUUUAUAAUCUUAAAAAUGCUUAUAAAAAAAAAAACUUUGUCACACGAGUAUUUGUUUUACAGGUGAUGUUGUCAGUGCACAUGAAACAUCUCUCAAUAUCCGAAUAGCCAGAUUUUAUAUGAAUAAAAUGUAUUCAGCGCA